GCCGCCGUGCCCGGCCUCCCCGUGGCGAGCUCCAGGGUCCUGCCUGGGCUCGUCCUCCGUAGGGACUUCACGGCCUACUGCCCGGCCGAGGGGCCCCUGCGGGUCCUGCUCGUCACCGAGCCCCUCCGGCCCGCCCUCGCGGCCCCCGGCGUCGAGUUUGUCAUCGACUCGGAGCGCCAGCAUCAGGCUUCCCUUCGCUGGAUCGCGAGGAGGGUAGAAGCCUUCAUGAAACGCUUGCAGAGCAACGAGGUGAAGCUGUUGCUGUCGAGCCUGAAGCAGGAGGAAGUGGUUAUCUACUAUGCGGAAUUACACGGGAUAUCCGUAGUAGAGUGCUUGUCAUGGGAAGAAGUGGCCCUUGUCUGUGAAAUCACCGGAGUCUCACCGUACGCACCGUUUGGUGGUGACGGACAGGGGGAGCUCACCGGCACCGCGGUGGCGGCGUUCUGCCAGCCCUUGCUGCUGGGUUCGAGGAGGUGCGCUCACGUUGGCUUCUCCAGCGCGUGUGCCUUCCAGCCCCACUGCCUGGUCCUCUGUGGGCCGGCCGACAGCGUGAAUGAGCAACAUGCUGCUGCUUUACAGGGGGCGUUCACAAUGCUCCAGCAGCUAUUUAAAACAGUCGAUCAGAGGGGGGAAAGCCAGAACGAUGCCUCCGAGGCUGGUGGCUGGCCUUUCUCAGGUACUCAGAAGCAACUCGUAAUAGGAAAUAUUGCUUGUGAUGGUAAUCAGGUUUCUGAACAUCAACUGAAAGCAGGUAACGAUGAAACAGAGACCCAGAUUGUAGACACUGGUUUGCAGGGAAGUGAAAAUCCAACAUGUGUGCAAGCAGACAUGCAAAUCCCAUCAAAUCCCGUCUCCCACAUCAAAGAAUUCAGUGUUGCCACUGAAGGAGAUUGGUCUUCAGGAGAUGUACAGAAACUCCAUGGAAAAUGUCAGCAUCCAGGUGACAUGCACGAGAACUAUAAAAGUGAUUUGCUUUUGGGCAAUCAUAACUGCAGCACUGCUGUGUUGCCAGCACUUAAUGCUGAUCCAGUUGCUGUGUGUGAACGCCCAGGUGUUGGCAAAGACCUAGAAGAAACAAGGUGUGAUAUAGUUCCACUUAAAGGUGGAGAGAGUUGUGGAAGUGUUGCACAGAAUGAUUCCAACUCCCUCAUAGAAACAGGGUCGGUUUUGCCUGUAGGAGGUUACUUUGAAAUCCUGUUGCAUUACUAUAUUCAGUGUUACUCAAAACAGCUUCAGCAGCCAGAGGUAACUGUCGUAUCCAAUGUGGUUGCUGAUGCUUUGCUAAGUAUUCCCAAGGCCUUGUAUGGGACGACAGAACGAAAUGGCUUUACCAAGUUCUACCUCAAAGUCAUAAAUGCACUCAGGAAAAAUGAGCCGCUGCCUGUGAAGGAGAAGGGCUUGGAAUCAGUGUAUUGCAAAUAUCAGCUCGUCAUCUCGGUCCUCCACUGUGUUACAGAGCUUCUUUCUGUGGAUCUGAUCAUUGGUGUUAGGCGACCACUGCAAAACCCUGAGGAUUGUGACUCAGAAGAUGAUCUCUGA